CGUCGCCAACGCUCUCCGCUGUUGUUUUCGCCGUGAUGUCGACCGCUAUGAACUUCGGGACGAAAAGCUUCCAGCCGCGGCCCCCGGACAAAGGCAGUUUCCCGCUGGAUCACUUCGGUGAAUGUAAAAGCUUUAAAGAAAAAUUCAUGAAGUGUCUCCGAGAGAAGAAUUAUGAAAAUGCUUUGUGCAGAAAUGAAUCUAAAGAGUAUUUAAUGUGCAGGAUGCAAAGGCAGCUGAUGGCACCGGAACCCCUAGAGAAGCUCGGCUUUAGAGACGUAAUGGAGGGGAAGCCAGAGGCAAAGGACGAGUGUUGAGAAGAGAACCACAGGGCUGUGUCCCCUGCCUGGAGCUGAGCUGUUCUGCCCUCAGUACAGGGAGACCUGAGACUCAGCCUGUGCUGCCCAGUGGAGGGGCUCUCCCUGGGGACUUAAGAACAUGGCUCAUUCCUGCGGUACACACCAAAUGUUCCUCUGCUGACCUCGGUUCCCUCCAGAGAGGGAGUGUGAUGUGAUGUCCCGCCCAGUGUGACCAUCACAUCACAGAGCCCUGGACAGCAUUCCACAGCGACUCAGCCUGUCACAGACCUGAGUCCUCACACCAGCACCUGUCCAAGCAACAGCAAAAUGUCUGCCUUUCGUGCUCAUGGAUGCACGUCAGCUUGCUUCCCUUUGUCUUCUUUGAACAAAAUUGGAAUACAAAGUAGGAAGUGAGAAACAGUUUGGCUUUUGACAUAUUUGACCUCUUGUUUUAAGUGUUUUGAGACAGGGUCUCAAACUGCCUAUGUAGCCAAGGAUGACCUCGAACUCUUGAUCCUUCUGCCUCUAUGUCUGGGGUACUGGGGGAUGGAAUCCAGGGCUCCCUGCAUGCUAGCCAAGUAGCUACCAGCUGAACCAUGUCUCCAGCACAAUUUCUUGCUUUUUAAAUUACAUUUUAUUAUCUAUCU